AUGUUCGGACGGAGCUCAGGACCAGCUGCUCGGCUUGCCCGGCAGCAAUUGCAAUCAAAAGCUCGUGUUGCCAACUCUCGCUUUCAAUCAACCGCAUCUCAUGCAGCCUCCGCCGGUGGCAACCCUGCUUUGAUUGGUGGAAUUACUGGUGGAGCUGUCGCCGUUUCUAUUGGAUACAUCUGGUAUCAUUUCUCCGGGGCCAAGACACUCGUGAACACAAGCAAGCAGACACAAGCCUACCUCGAUCAAGCCAAACAAACAAUCGCUCAAAAUGCGCCCGAGCCCAACGAGGCAUUCCGCUGGUUGGAGGAUUCGGUAAAAAGCUACGCCGUCUUCAUCCCUGGUGCGCGAGGCUACGUCGACACCGCAUUUGAAGACCUGAAAAAGAUCCAGAACGACCACCGAAAGGAAUUUGAUGAAAUUGUCAGUGACGCAUACAAUGACCUACAUGAUAUUACGCAAAAAGAGGGAUUUACCACCGCUUCGGCGUCCAAGGGAUUGCAGGUUUUGCAAAAGCACUCCAAACGCCUUUUCGAUCUGGCUGGUGAUGCCGCGGAGAAUGUCCUCAGCAACCACCCUCAAUUGAAGGAGAAAGUUGGGGGCAGCUACGACCAGCUUAAGCAGAUGGGUGAUGCUUACGGCCCCAAGGCGAAAGAGGAGGUGGACCAGACUUGGAAACAGAUCUCCAGCAUUGUGCAGCGCGGCGUGAAUGCGGACUCACUGGAGGAGAUCAAGAAGAUGAUCCAGGACAAGACGGACAAGCUGCAGAAAAUGGGAGACGAGGCAUGGCAGAAGGGCCUCGAGGAGUCUCAGCAAUACUUGGAAAAGAACCCCAAGCUGAAGCAAUUGGUCGAAGACAAUGCCGAUACCCUGAAGAAGGGAAACUUCAAGGACCUGUGGGGCCUUGUGAAGGAUAGCGCUUCUUCGGGCAAGACGGAGCAAGUGGAAAAAUAUGUCAAAGAGAAGGCUGACAAAACCAAGAACACCGACUUGGGCAGCCUGGACAAAUGGCUGAAUAUGGUUCCGGGUGGCUCAAACAUAAUUCCCCAGCUGCAGUCGCUACAGACCAUUGCGCAGAAGAAGGGUAGCGAAGCAGAGAACGUGCUUACAGAGACCCUCGAGGAGCUACAAGAUGUGCUGAAAAAGCGAAAGGAACAGGUGGAAAAGCUCGCCGAGGAGGCGAAGAAGGAUGCGAAAUGA